AUGACGAUAACGAUUCAUGUCUUCGGAUGGCAUCCAGGAGCGAAAGAGCUCAUUGACCUGCGGCCCCAGAACGGUGGCUUCCCCAUCUUCGAUCAGGGGCAUCUCGGCAGCUGCACAGCGAACGCUUUGGCAGCAGCCUUCCACUUCACCCUCCACAAGAUGACGGUGGAGAACCACAAGGACUUCGCCGACUUCACCCCAAGCCGGCUGUUCAUCUAUUACAACGAGCGUCUUGUGGAGGGCAGCGUGAACCAGGAUGCUGGGGCGAUGAUCCGGGACGGCAUCAAGACGAUGUCCAAGGUCGGCGUCUGCCCGGAGAGCGUGUGGAAGUAUGACGACCAGCAUGACUUCUUCAAGCAGCAGCCCAGUGACAAGGCUUACGAGCUCGCACAAAAGUGCAAGGUCGUCGGCUAUGCCCGUGUGGCCCAGGACCUGAGCCAGUUCAAGAUGUGCAUCAAGAACGGCUACCCAUUUGUCUUCGGCUUUGCCGUCCUGACGAGCUUCCAGACAGCGGAGGUUGCCAGGACCGGCAAGAUGGUGAUGCCCCAGGCGACCGACCAACAGCUAGGAGGCCAUGCCGUCACUGCCGUGGGCUACGACGACUUCAAGCAAUGCUUCAUCGUCCGCAACUCUUGGGGAGAAGGGUGGGGCGACAAGGGCUACUUCUACAUGCCGUACGAGUACAUUUGCCACCCCGCACUUGCCCACGACUUCUGGGCUAUCAACUGGGUCGAGGGCUUCAAGAACACAACCACCCAGAACCCGGCCAAGAAGUGA